AUUCGGCAUAAGAAUAGUUUAAAUAAUCAGGUAUUUAAUGUAUCCUAUAACCGAAAGAUCAACAAUGCUACUAAAUUUUGUAAAUAAAUAAUUCUUCAAAAAAUUUCUUCACAAAUGUUAAAGUUUUUCAUAAAAUUGUAUCAUGUAAAUCUUAUCAAAAUACAAAGAAAAGUAAAACUGUAGCAGGAUUCGAAAGUAUGAACGAUUUCAGUUUUUAAUACUCUUAUGUAAUAAAGAAUAAUACUUUGGCCUAAAUUAAGAAUAAUUUAAAUGGUACACAUGAUAUACUGGAGAAAAAUUAGUGUUCUCAAAUAAGGGUACGUAAGUAAAUUAAAUAGCAAAUUUUGAAUACUAAACGAAUUGUUAUAGUCGCGUUCCAGUGUCUGUUUGGCCGGAUAAACUGGCUCAUUUUUUGAAACAAACACACUUUCGUCCAGACAAUCAUAUUACAUCUCGCAAAAAAUAGUUGCUAAAAAAUCAACAUAGAGAGUAAUGUAUAUAUUGUUGUUAUUUUGUGUAUAUAUUCUUUCAUCUUCUCUUUUGUUUCCGGUGUACUCUAGUAGCAUUCAAAGUCAUCGACAGUCAAACGUGCAGGUGCCAGCAACGCAGAUGCUACUGAGGGGGUCGUUGCUUUGGCCAAGGUAAUUGACAUAGCAUUGUGGUCUGGUUGGCUGCAAUGCGGUAAUAUCAACAUGUUUGCAACAGUUGUUUUCCACCCCAAACAAAGCACUAACACACAUAUUACACACUACUACAGCUCCACUACUCGAGCGAAUGGCCUCGUCGCAAUGUCGUACAGCUUCCGUUCAAGGCUGACCAAAAUCCAAAGUAACCUUGAGCACUUAUGGCUUGUCUAGCUUGCAUCACAUACUUUCUCUUUUUUAGUCAAACUCUCUCGCACGCAUGUUCGUGCUCAACCGAUGCUGCACGCGCAACCGAGUACUCUCUAAGUAACGCGUUAAAGCAUAUCCUUGCUGGCUUGCGAGCUUUUUCGAAAUCAGUCGAAAUACUCACACGCUCAAUAUUGCUCGUGCUUUGGACAUAAUAUGGUGUACACUGUGGUCUGUGUGUAUGUCUAAUAUUAAUUUUUUAUCGUUCGCUUGUUGCCGUGUUGUGGCCAAAAAGCCUUUGAUGCUUCCGUUUGCCAAAAAUCAACGAUACACAGUUGCGUUUGAAUCUCUGCCUGCAACGGUCGUCGUCUGCCCAAGUUGGAUAUUCGGCCAAAUCAGGCACGAUUUUCAAGUUCAUAGUGCGGGAGCAUUAGUGAGUAAUGCGGAUGUACAUCACAUCUAUUCGAAAGAAAGCUAUGUGUGAGUGUAAUAUUGUAAUCCAUAGUGCAGUGUUUGUAAUUUUACUGUCGGCAGCUAAUGAUAUUCAAAUGUGUUUCGAGUAUUUUCGCAAAAAAUGUGACUUAAAAUGCUUACCAUGAACUAAGCAAACAUAUUGGACUUAAUACCACUCGGGGGAAUUGCGUUUCAGAAUUGAGAAAUUUAAUUAUAAAUAUAAAAUCUAAAAAUUUCUCUCGUAAGUGGCAAAACUUCUUCGACAAAUAUACCAAGUACAAAGCUGAACUGGAUACCUAAUACUUUUGUGCACACUAAGUACCUGCAUAAAUACAAAGUUUUAUAUUUGAAGAUAUAAUCCCAACAGUGCGAAGGAAACAAUGCUUUACCCAUUAAUCGUGCAGUCUGCAGUUGACGAAAGUAACUUUUAUAGUCAGCCGACAACACCUGUACCUCCUAUAUAAAAUACAGACUAAAUCAAAAUUGCAAAUAUACAUACAUCUAGAACAAAUACCUUCUAAAUAGUAAAAGUAGAGUAAUUUCUACAGAACUAAACAAGUUGACAAAUACAGCAAACGGUAAUAAAAUCAAGCAUAAUGAAACGUUUUGAAACUGCAAUAUCACCCUGCACAAUAACAAAUCAAACAGUAGCCGCAGUGUCGGAUAUUAGCACAAUGCUCUCUGCUCAAGCAGCAACUGACAGCCAGUCUAAAGCAACAAGUCCACAUACACCAACGCCAUUACAAACACUAGCACCAGUGCCACCAUUGCAGCCACUGGUCCAAACAUUUGCCACGCCGUUGCAUCGAAAAAAAGGGCGUUUACAACGCUCCGAGCGCCUGCAAACUGUUGACAACAGUAACACUAAUUACUGCGCUGCAAGUUCGAAUAACACAACGAUAACGCCAACAUCCUACUCAGCCUGGGAGGCUUUGGUUAAGGAAAGUUUCGGACAAAUAGCUUGGCCCAUUAAAAUCACUUCAUGGGAACUGAUCGAUGACCGGGUGAAAAUUGUGCCAAACAGCUCAUCGGCCACGGAAUUAAUAUCAAGAAGAGGUGUUUUUUCACGCCACCAUUACGGUUCGGUUGACCAAUUACCACAAUCCGAUUUAGAUGGCCUAGAUCCGAAUUUUAAACGCUUUCGUAUUGAAAAUGGCGAUUCACUGGCGGAAAAGGAUGAGGUCUUCGGAUCACCCAGUACACCUAUCUUAGAAAAUCCUGAGCAUCAAACAAGAUGGUAUUUCAAAUACUUUUUGGGAAAAUUGCACCAAAAUUAUGUCGGCAUAGAUACGGAGAAGAGUCCUUACUUUCUUUCAGUUGUUUCACAAGAUUCGGGUCAUCAGGGUGCGCCCAUGUAUCGGGCAAUAUUAUUUAGGAAGCAAGGUACGCAGAAAAUUGCAAUCCCUUUUCAAGCCAAUCAGAAGCUGACUGUGAAACAGAUUUUGACACAUUUUACGGGCAUGGACACAUCAGCUAAAAACCCCAAAGAGAUAUUUACAGCCGACAUACAAAAAGAUUUGCUACUGCUUGAAGAGCAAGAAGGCUCGGUCAACUUUAAAUUCGGUGUGGUAUAUAUGAAACCUGGCCAAGAUUGUGAUGACGAAAUGCUAAGUAAUCAAGAUGCAAGUAAAGAAUUCGAUGCUUUUCUUCAUAUACUAGGCGAGCGCAUUCGUCUUAAAGGUUGGGAUCGCUUUCGGGGAGGGUUAGAUGUAAAAGGCGAUAUGACUGGCAAAUAUUCCGUAUAUACGUUAUAUGAAGGCCAUGAAAUAAUGUUUCACGUAUCGACGCUCCUGCCAUAUUCCCAGGACAAUCGGCAACAGGUGGAACGGAAGCGACAUAUUGGCAAUGACAUUGUAAACAUUAUUUUCAUUGACCAGCCAUCAUCCGUCAACCAGACCAACGCGCAACAAAUGGAGGCACGGGCGCAAGAUAACAGUGAAUUUAUACUGCCGACAGCGUUUGAUCCCACAUGGAUCAAGAGUCAAUUUACACAUAUUUUUGCGGUUGUUAUGAAAAUCAACAAUGCUUAUCGUUUGGCAGUCUUUUGCGAUGAGAAUGUGCCGCCCUUCGGACCAACACUUCCAAAUCCACCUGAAUUUACGGACAUUUCCAUGUUUCGUGAGUUUCUGCUUGUAAAAAUGAUCAAUGCUGAAAAAGCAACUUUUCAAACACCAAUCUUUUCACAAAAAAGAGAGAGAACUUUGGAUAUGUUAAUAAAAGACUUAUAUGAAGACUACAUGGGUGAUAGUAAACUGAAUAUGCUGAAUAGACGCGCGUUCUCCGAAGUUCUUUACGAUGUGCCCCGCACAUCAAAGAUAAAAGAGGACGCGCGCCAAAUAGAGUUCGUGCGCAUCGGCCAGGCGCUCAAACUAGAGGCUAUAGUGCGUGGCGAUGCGCCCACCAGCAUUGCUUCCGCCAGCCCUUGUACAAUAUUUCGCAAUCCGCCGUGGGAACCACAUUGCUUUUAUCCAUCAUUUCUACAUCGUGGUACGCUGGCGGGUGACUCAUUCGGUUCCAAUGACGACAGCUUAUUUAUUGCCACUGACGAUGGCACAUAUCUAAUGAAAGAGGAUCAAUCACAUCAGCUAGUCUUCGACAAGUCAUUUCAAGUGCGCCAACUCAGCGUGCUCGAAGACCAUGGGAUUGUACUCAUACGUGGUGGCUCACUAACCAAUCGUGACGCUCAUCGCAUUCACGUCUUUCGUUUGCGUGAAUUCCAGCCCAGGAAUAGCGAGGAAACUUUGCGUUGCCGGAGUCGUGCCGAGGUGAAGGAACGACGUAUCGAUCGCACACGCGGUUGUCAUUUGUAUGCAAGUUCACGUGUUAGUGGCGGCCAUUUGAGACUGGUGGUGGCAGUCAACCGCAAAUUACAGUUAUUCCAAUGGAAACACUCAGCCGCCUGGGCGUCGUGGUGUCCGGAGAAUGACACAGAAACGGUGGAAGGUUUCAUCUACCAAAAGGAAAUCACGCUGUGUGAGUCGCCAAGCGUAAUAACGCCGCUGGAAGGACCAACAAACACUAAUGCGGGUGGACUAAUUUGCGUUGGCUACAAAUACCAUUACGAAAUUGUGUGCGAUCAAACGGGUACAGCCAAUAGACUCUAUGAUUUGGAAUCGGCGAAGAGAAAUCAAGCCCAAUUGACGGCGGCUAUUGAACUCUGCGAUGGCCUGGAAACAGAAUUACUGUUGUGUUAUAACCACACAUGUCAUUUUCAAAAGUUUAGUGAUCGAUCUGGUACAAAAAACAAUUUCGACUUCCAUUGGAAUACAUCACCGACUGCAGUUGUGUGUGCCUUUCCAUAUAUACUUGGUUUCACAUCGGACUCAAUGGAAAUUCGACUCUUGGUGAACGGUAACUUGGUGCAUACAGCAAUAAUGCCUGAAUUGCAGCUGAUAACCUCCAAACGGGAUAUAUUUUUUGUUACAACUGCACCAGAAUUUAUGUCUAAGGAUCUUCAUAUUAAAGGUUUGCAUAUAAAUGAGUUUUCAGCAUCCGAACGUCGCUUGGUUACCACUCCCAGUGAGGCAUCCUCUAAUGAAGAGCUCUCACAAGGUGAACUGCUUUAUUCAACUCCAAAAGGUACAAGUAUACCCAUAAAUCUAGAACAUGAACUAACCAAUUUGCUAGAGAUACCGAACGCUAGUGGUUCAUUACCACAUAUACAUCGCGCACGUUCGCUCCAGAAAACCCACAAUGUGUACGAAGAUAAGCCGAUUAUAGCUAAAAGUAACUCCUGCGGAGACACUGACAACCGAUUUAGUGCAUUGCGCAACACUGCAAUUGCUAGUGAACAAUUACAACAGCAACAGCUAACGCAACAUGGUGUACCGCCCAAUUCGCCUCGUAACAAUACCAGUAGCAGCAGUAAUAGUAACAGCAGUAAGGGUAGCCAGCAAUCGCCAAUGUCGCCCACCAGACGAACUUCCAAGUAUCGCAACCUUUUUAAUAGUGUCACAAGUAGUGGUAGUGGAGGAGGUAAUUCACCAAACCUCACAGAUGGUUUCUCAUAUUCCCCAGAUCGUAUGAAGCCCUUGCGUGUCUACCGCAUUCCUCUAGUCAAGUUGACUGGUGCUCACUCGCAUUUCCACAUGCAUGCAUUCAAUGCAACGGCAACCGCUGGUGUGACACCUCAGACGCAUCCAACCCAGCACCUAGGCGCGUUAUCGCUGACAAAUCGUCAAAAGUCUAUGGACGCGCAUCUUUCAUUGUCGAUGAGCAGCUAUCCAGGCAUCGACCCGAAACAACGACAGGCUCAAGAAACAUUGAUAGCAACACCCAUAAUUCGAGAUUAUAACCCCAUGGAACUGCAUUUUAGUGAGCGGGAAUAUUGUGACGACAAUAAAUUUCGCGAGGACGAUGAAGGCUAUGCUGACGAAGUUCCACUGCUAUUAAAUGGAGGAUCAAAUGCGUUAAAAACACGCAAGAGUAAACCGACGCCUUCACCAUCGAAUGAGAUACAAAUGUGGUUGACGAAGGAACUACGCAGGUUUCAAAAAAAUCUCUCACAAGAAAAUUAGGCUAAAGAUAAUAGUAGAAAAUAGCAAAUAAAAAACUUAAACGUCGACGAGUAAUGUACAUACAACUCCAAUUGAUCAUUAAGAUUUAGUUAAAUCACUACAAUAUUUGUAUCACAGUAACAUAUCUAGGGUAUAACAAUAUUUAUAUUUUUUUACUUUUCAUGGCUUUAAAGUAAACUUUUUUCAUUUUCUUUUACUCUCUGCCAGCGGAGAGUUUGUAAUGGAUUAUUUGAAUGGUGCGUUUUAGAGUUUUAUAACUCGUAAUUGAAAUAAAACUCAGAAUAAUGAAUGAAAGCCUCUAUUGAGUCACACAAAUUGAGCACAAAUUCCGUAUAACGAGAGCAUUUCCAGCCUUACAAAUUUCUAUUUCUUAAGGAGCUUUCAAAUUUGGCUGUUGAUUUUUACAAUUUUCUCAUAAAGAGAAGCCAACUCUAUUUACGGGUACAGUUAAAUAAACAUCAUAUAAUAUUAAGUCAGAAAACAUUGAAAGAGUAUGUUUUAAUGCACUCCGUUAUUUAUCUGAUUGAAUUAUCUGCAUUAAAGUCAAUAAAAAUAAUUAAACAACACAACUAAAACUCUCUCAAGGUGAGCAUGUACUAAAACGAAUUUUGCCAUCUGUUCAGAUUGGCAUUGACCGCUACAUUAAUAUCAAAAGAAAAUCAAGUGCUAUAAAGUCAGCGGUCAAUUCAAAAAAAUUUCGCCGAAUUUAAAUAAUCCUGGAACUUUAAAUGGCAACAGAUUUGGCUUAUUCAGCAAUAGAUCUGAUGACGAUGCGAAGAGCUCGAAAGGUCUAGUUGCUUUAGAACCGCAUGCUACAGCCCAAUUACAAGCUACAACCAUAUUCUUGAAAACCGGGUUUCUGACUUUAAUCUAAUGGCUAAUGGUUUCUGACUUUAAUCUAAUGGCUGUCCACCUCGUUUUGAAAUUACAGAUUGUCUUAUUGAUCCGAAAGGUCGACAGCUGUACUACACCAUUAUAAAUAAACACAAUAACAUUGAUAUAAUAUCUCCUGGUAAGCCGACAUACUGGCCCAGUGAUAGAAACAAAGUACCAGACUUCAUAGAUUUUGCUGUAGUCAGAAAUAUAGAUAUAUCGCUUUUAAAAGCAGAUACAUGUACUGACUUAUCUGAUCAUUCUACUGCACUAAUAAAGUUAAGCGAACAGCCCAUUGAGCAAAAAGUUUCUGUAACAUCUCAUAAAACUAACUAACGAUAAUAUUACUUCAAAAAUAUUAAUUGAGUUACCAAAUAUUGCUAUAGUCGUGAUCUCCUUACUCUUUAAGCUUAGCCUAGACAACAGAGUCUUGUUAUACAAAAAUGCAGUGAUAUUAUUAUUUACAUUCCAUAUAGUAUGUAUACAUGGACAUGAAUAAAGAUUUCAUUCUAUUAUGUUAUGCACUGAUAACAUUGACUCGAAAAUAAGUUAAUCGCUAUGAAUAAAAUAUAUUAAUUGCGUUUAAGGCAAACUGAUAACGAACCGUAUUAAGCUGUGAAUCUUUUCAAAGCGUCGUAAUCAAAAGUAGCAAUGCAUAUCUGUUCUUCUAGCAUACUUAAGCUAAAAUCUUAUAUUAUUUUCUACAAAAGUAGAAUAUACAAUGAUAUACAUGGAUGUAUACAGUUUCAUUAAUUUUAUAUGUAGAGAUUUAUUUGUAAAAAAAAUUGCAUUAAAGAAAAAAAUGUACACUCACAAAAAAUAUCUCCCAACAUCAACAUUGCUGUGUCAAUAUUUGUACACACCGUAUUUUGUACUUAAUAAGAAUUAUAUGCGUACAAUAAUAACCAGUUUUUCAUCCCUAGUACAGAAUUAGUGUUUAAAUGCAAUAUUUCAUUUUAAUGAAUUCAUAUUUGGGUGUAAUAUUUGGACUACUUAUAUAAAUAUAUGUGUAUAGUGUAGUGUAUACAUAAAAAAUACGUAUGUAUAUACAUAUACAUAACAAAUACUUUUUCUAAAGCUAAAUACUGUAUAUUCACUUCGGCUGUUGAUAUUUAUUAUACUAUACAUUUAAGUCU